AUGGCGAUUCCAAAAACUCAAAGGGCACUCAUAUCAGGGCCCAACUGUGAAGCGCUCGUAUCUAAUGAUUUUCCCAUCCCCGAUAUAUUACCCGACCACGUCCUCGUCAAGACAACCCAUGUCGCCCUCAACCCGGCGGACUGGAAGAAUUUGGGCUCAGACAAAACCAUCCCAGGCACACUAGGUGGCUGCGACUUUUCCGGCAUAGUCGAAGAAGUUGGUCCUGCUGUUGUCAAGAAAUUCAACAAGGGAGACAAGGUGAUGGGCUUCAACCUUGGCUUUAACGAAAUGAAGCCGACCAAGGGCGCCUUUGCCGAAUAUGUAAUCUCCAAAGGCGAUCUGCUGUUGCGUGUGCCGGACACGUUGCGCAUGGAUCAGGCAGCAUCAAUGCCCAUGGGAUUGUACACAGUGGCUCAGGGGUUGUAUCAGGGGAUCCUGCAGAUGGCGCUGCCGAAUGAACCUGUUAAAAAUGCCGUUCCCGUGCUUAUUUAUGGAGGAAGCUCGGCGACGGGGGCGUUGGCUAUUCAGUUUGCAAAGUUGUCUGGCUACACAGUUCUGACCACCUGCUCGCCGCAGAACUUCUCGUACGUGAAGGAACUGGGCGCAGACGUAGUUUUCGACUCCCACGAGGAGGGCGUCGGCAAAAAAAUCCGCGAAUAUACCAACGACAACCUCCAUCUCGUCUACGACACUAUUUCAAUUCCCGAAACAGCUGCAGUAUGCGCUGACGCCCUCUCCUCCAAGCCGGGUGGCAAGUACAUGGCUACACAAUUCCCGCAGAUGGAGCGAAAGGAUGUUGAGUCCAGUGGCGCGGUAGUAUACACUAUGAUCAACGAAGAAUUCAGGGUGGGCGAGUUCUCCUUUCCUCCUACGCCGGAGGAUAUCGAGUACGGGAUCCGCUUUGGAGACAUUGCAGAGAAGCUGAUUGCAGAGGGGAGGAUUAAGGCACAUCGAGUGCUGACGAACGAGGACGGCGGAUUUGCGGCUAUACCAGAUGGAUGGACGCUUAUGAGAGAGAAUAAGAAAGAGCAUUACAUGUGA